AUGUUCGUCAACGCCGCCCAACUCGACGUCGCCGGUCCUCGUCCAACUGCUCUGCCUCCUCCAUCAAUAUUGGGCGUUCUGCGUCGCCCCAGGCCCGUCGACGACAGGCAUCCCGAGCUAGAAAAAAAGCUGGAGAAACUGGACCCCAUUCCCGACCUGCACAAUUUUCCGACCAGGGAUGGGGCGACUACUCCCUGUUCAUCGAACGAUGUCUCCACCUCAGCGCACCAACGUUCUCGAGGGGAGAGCAACUUUGAUGACUUGCCCACUUGGGAUUCGGAGUUUGAUUUUAGCGUAGAGGACCUGCGAACGUGGGUACGCGACUCGCUCGACCAACUUGCACACCUUCGAUCAGAGGUCUCGGCACGUUUGCCCGACUUGGAAGAGGUGAAAAGCCAUUUCCCAGACUUCGAAUUCGAUUUUGAGCUCCCAAAUCUCAAUGUUGACGAGUUUCUCGCCCGACUUUCCCGCAUGGAAGUCCCUAACCUCUCGUCCUCGUUCGGAGAUGUGAAGAGCCGUAUUGGAGAUUUGGGAUACGAAUACCUCCCCGCGCUUUCAGAAAGACUUUCCAACCUUCAUUCGCAUCUCAAGAGCAGGAGUUCGCAAUUGCCGAACGGCUCCGAGUUCCGGACCAUGGCUUUGGACAAGGCGAAUACGAUACUACGAGACUUUAUUGACACCCUCAUGUAUAACGAGGAGGACUCUCCUUUGGAGAGGACAAGAGUCAUCCUCGAGGUCGAGCAGACCGCUGUUCAGGUACAGCAGGCCUUGCGAACAUCCAUGCCCUUGAAAUGGCGGAAUAACGAGCAUGUACUUCAUGGCUACAGAUUCAUACCCGCUUCAGAGUGGCCCACCUUAUUAUUAUCCACCUUCCAUCUUCACAACGAAACAGCGAACAUUCACACCCAUCUCCUCCCCCUGCUUAUCCUUGGACCCAUGUUCGCUUAUGAAGCGUAUACCGCCACCUCGGCUCUGACCGUACUACCCACGACCCUCUUCUCCAUUUUCGCAAUGCUCUGUCUCAUCACUUCAGUGGCUUGGCAUAUAUGCGCUGGUUGUGCCUCCCCUCAAGUGAUGGAGACUGCCGCCCGAAUCGACUAUCUUGGGAUCGGAUGGCUGAUCUCCGCAUCGAUCGCAACAGUCGUCUACUACAGUUUUUCAUGCCGUAAAAUGGCAUUCAGCAUCUACCUGAGCAUGAACAUCCUCGCCGGUCUAGCGGGGAGCAUCUUGCCCUUCAUGCAAUGGUUCAACGAGCGCAAGCACAAGAAGUGGAGGAUUCUUCCUACAUUGCUGGCCUGUCAUUCUACGCCUUCCACUUUCCCGAAUGCUUGUGGACAACUCACCACCACGGCAACAGCCACUCUGUGUACGAAAAGGAGUACAAAGCCAAGGCACUACCUGCAAGAUGGACAGAUUGGGUCGGGGGAGGAAGUCACGCCAUUUGGCACACUUUUAUUAUCGCCGCUAUUUUGUUACAUAGAAAUGCGAUUCCUACACUCACCAAGGGGCUGGGAGGGGAAUGCUGUGAUGUCUGGGGACGGUACUGACGAGCUAUGUAUUAUCUUUGAUAUUCUUUUUAGACAAAAACUGGGACGAUGGUUUCCGGAUACCCCGGCUGCCAGCCCGAUCGAUGGUGGCACCAUCGAGUGUAUCUGA